AUGAGUCAAGUAGCUCCCACUUUAGAUCUGACUUCAGCGCCUGUCCCACCUCCGGCUCUACCUGGUGGUAUCAAGCACAGCGACGAGGAAAAGAAAGACUCAAUUCUCGACGCUGACUCCGGAGUAGCCAAUGGUCAUACAUUGGACUCUAAAGAGGGUGUGGAGCCUACCGAUGAAGAGUAUAAGACGUUGAGAAAAGUCCCCGCUACGAUUCACUGGCCAGCGGUUGCCCUUUGUCUCGUGGAGAUUGCCGAGAGAGCAUCAUACUACGGAUCAAAGAAACCAUUCGCAAACUUUGUCCGUGGUGCUUUACCCAAAGGCGGUAAUGGUGCGGGAGCAGUCGCAAAAGGAGCAGCAGGAGCGAAUCAAACUGCCGGUGCAUUGUGUAUGGGAUCGGUAGCUGCUUCGGCUGUCACUUCGACGUUCACUUUCUUGAGUUAUGUCAUUCCGAUCCUUGGUGGUAUCGUGGCAGAUAAUUAUUGGGGAAGAUGGAGAACAAUUUGCGUCGGAGUGGCUGUUGGAGUAGUAGCUCAUGUCAUCCUGGUCAUACCUGCGAUUCCAUCGGUCAUCGCCAGUGGACACGCUUUCCCACCUUUUAUCAUCUCAGUAAUUAUCUUGGCAUUCGCAGCAGGAUUCAUCAAACCUUCUUUAGCACCUUUGAUGUGUGAUCAAUCACCGGUGAAGAAACCAGUGGUCAGGACAACCAAAUCUGGCAAAAGAGUGAUUUUUGAUCCUCAAGUGACUAUCCAACGGUACAUGCUGAUCUUCUAUUGGUGCAUCAACAUUGGCUCCUUCUGGAUGAUCGCCGAAUCGUAUGUCCAGCGAUUAGUAGGAUUCUGGUUAGCCUAUCUACUCCCAGGAAUAAUUUAUAUCUUGGUACCCAUCGUGCUGGUGGUGGUGUACAAGAGAUUGUACUUUGCUCCAUCUCAGGGGUCAGUCCUGGUCGAAACACUAAGAGUGUGGAAGGGGCUAUACAGGCGAAAUGGGUUCUGGAAAGCUUUCAAAGGUGGCGAUCAAGCUUGGAACGAGGUCAAACCGUCUUAUAUCAUCGAGAAAUACGGCUCCAUCGAUGAUAAGAAGAUCAUAUGGGAUGAUCGAUUCGUUGAUGAAGUCAGGCAGACACUCGAAGUCUGUGCUGUGUCGUGGUUAUUGCCGAUUUACUACCUCGCUGAUGGAGGAAUAGGUAACAUGGAGAAUGACAUGUCCGCGGCAAUGACCCUCAAUAACAUCCCCAACGAUCUGUUUGGCAACUUCAACCCUUUGUGUAUCAUCGUAUUCACCCCAAUCGUCGGAUUGAUGUACAGGUGGUUCGAGAAGAUCGGUCGACCCAUUCGACCCAUGACCAGACUCAGUAUUGGAUUUGCACUCGCUACAAUCAACAUGAUCAUCGACUGUGAAUUGGGUGUAUCCCCUGUCCCAUUGGCUUGGCAGAUCCCUCUGAGCGCAUUGCCAGGGAUAGGAGAAAUAUUUAUUGCUGUGACUGCGUAUGAGAUCGCUUAUACGAGAGCACCAGCCAGGAUGAAGUCUUUGGUAGUCGCUAUUACCCUCUUCAAUCAGGCCAUAUCAGCUGCGAUUGGACUCGCUCUCAGUGAUGUGAUCAAAGACCCAUACUUGAUUUGGCCAUAUGUCGCUCUGGCAGCAGCCAAUUUCCUUUGCAUCUUCAUCUGUCCAACUGUCUUCCGUCAUCUCAACGAACCGAUCAAGGAAUUUGCAAACAUCGAUCGACAAGCUGGAAAGGAUCAGCCCAAUUACCACAAAGAGGCUGCUGCAGCGAGGAUUGAGGAGGUAGAGAAUGGGAAUGGUGGAAAGUCAAGGUGGAAUAUCUUCAAGAGUGGAAAGGCAUAA